AUGAAUAAUAAUAAUAAUAAUAAUACAACUACUACAACUAUAAGUUCUACCACCACAAAUAAUAAUCUUCCUAAUAUUAAAUCUCCAAAUCAUCAUCAAAAUAAUAUUAAUAUAAAUAAUAAUCAUUUUCAUCUUUCAUCAAAUUAUAAUACAACUUCAACUACCACCAAUAAUAAUAAAAACCUUAAUAAUAAACUUAAUAAUAAUAUCAUCAGUAAUAAUAUAUCAUCUACAAUAUUAACAACAACAUCUAAUAAUAUCAACAAUUCUACGAACAUACCUUCAGCUACUACUACAACUAAUACCAGUAAUCAAUUAACUAUAUUCAAUAGUAUAUUAGAUUUACCAUUCACUCCUUUAGUUUCAACUCAUAGUUUUAAAGAAUUUUCAUAUUCUUCAUUUACAUUACCUCAAAUAUUACCAUCACAACUGUUUAAUUCACAACCACCACCACCUCCUCCACCUUCAACUAAUCUAUUUAAACCAAAUUAUAAAUUACAAUCGAGUACAAAAUCUUCGGAGAAUAAAUCAAAUACAACAUCUUCAACUUCGUCUUCAAUUAGUUCAUCAAUUUCAACUUCAAAUACUUCUCAUACAAGUUUAAAUUCAAUAGAGUCUUUGAAUUCUUGUUUGAAUAAAGAUAUGACAUUUAAUGGAUCAAACAAUUUAAAAACUAACAUAAAUACUAAUAUCAAAAACGGCGAUAAUCAUAAUUAUCAACAGUAUUUACAACAACAACAAACACAGCAAACGCAGAAUAGUGAUAAUAUAUAUAAUAAUACAACAUCACCUACUACUCAAGUACAUUCAUCACAACAUCAUCAAAAUACAAGCACCACCACUACAACGAUAAUGCCAACAAUGAUACAAAAUGGUGCAUCAUCAAAUCCUCCUAUAAUAAAUCAUCAUAUUUCAUCAAAAUUUUCAAAUAAUGAUAUACAAAUAUUAAGACAAUUAUUGAUAUCAGGAGAAAAACAUAAAUGGAAACAAAUUACAAAAGAAAUCAAUUCAUCAGCAAAUCAUUCAAAUCAUGUUAUUGAAGCAAUGAAAAAAAAUGAAGAAAGAAUGAAUUCAGUAUCAAAUUCAAAUUCUCCUCAUCAUAUACAUCAAUUAAAUCAAAAUUCUCAUUUACAUCAACAAUUACAUCCUCAUCAACAUCAACAACAACAACAACAACAGCAACAGCUACAUCCACAACAACAAGAUCAUUUACCACAUUUAUCCCAUCUACAUACUCAUACGCAACAAAGCCUACAACUACAACCACCUCAAUUUAACUACAUGCAUUUACAACAAAAUCAACAACAACAUUCCCAACAACAACCACAUCAACCAAUUCCGCAACAUCAUCAUCUCCAAAAUCAAAUAAAUUUAAAAAAAUUAAAUUCAUCAACAUCUCCAUUACAUUCCCUAGCAACAACAACAAAUAUUCCACUUAAAAAUGUAUCACCAACAUUUGUUGCAAAACAAUAUACUCAAUUAUUAGGAUUUCCUAAUAACAGUAUAUAUUUUGGUAGUUUAGGUUCUUCUUUACCUUAUGUUGUUUCUGCUAAUGGUUGGAAUGAUAUUGAUAGAGAAGCUUAUGAUUAUCCUUUUAAUGAUGAUGAUAGUGAUUGA